GGCUACAUCAGCGUCGCCAUACCCACGUUCGUUUGCGUAUGCAUACGCUCUUCCUCCAGCUGGCAAAACGCCAUGUAACGACCCCACCCAGCCGCGUCUCGCCGACAUAUACUUUGCCCUGGCCAGCUUCUUCUCAGUUUCUCUUACCCCCUAGAACGUGCUUGGCUGCUCGGAACGCUAGAACGAUAACUCUUGCUUCGACCACGCGCACGUCUCGCUCGCCUUCCUGGACAUUUCAUCCGUGUCAUUCGCAUCUACAGCGCCGUAACAUCAGUGCAAGGUCUCUCUACACAUGGAUGGAACGCUUGUCCCUCCGAAAGCCGGCUGAUCCGCUCGACGAGCCCUCAGACUGCCACGAAGAGGCCGCGAAAGUUGCAAUACUGGAGAAAGCUAUGAAGGGGCGGCAGCCCGCAGAUCUCAUGCUGCGAUGUACAAUUCUGGACGCGGAUGGAAACGUGAAGACCAUCUCCGGACAGUUCAGGAGAGCCGAGCUAUGUUCCGAGCACCGACUCAACCCGCGUGAUCUGCGUAAAAUUGAUUCACGGGUCCCUAACCUCGUGCCUACGAUCUUGGUGCGAAAGGAAGCGAUUCUUGUCAACAUACUCCACAUACGUGCGCUCGUCAAGGCUGACACCGUCGUGCUGUUUGACACGUAUGGUUCUGCCGAUUCUCGUCUCCACUCAGUAUUCCUUUACCACCUCGAGCAUAACUUGAGGGCAAAAGUGUCCGGGCUUCCAUACGAGUUUCGGGCACUGGAGUCGAUACUUCUGUCGGUCUUGAGCGCGCUGGAAGCAGAGAUGGUCUUCAUCCGCAACCUUGUUGGCGGCCUGCUGGCUGAGCUCGAAGACGAUAUCGAUCACGACCGGUUCAAGCGCCUAUUGCACUACUCUCGGCGGUUAGCCAGCUUCCAGAACCGCGCAAAGUUGGUCCAAGAAGCGCUAGAAGAAGUCUUGGAGCAAGAUGAGGACCUGGCCGCCAUGUAUCUUUCGGACAAGAAGAACGGCGUUCCGAGGCAAGCUCACGACCAUGAAGAGCUCGAGGUGCUCCUGGAGUCGUUCUCGAAGCAAGUCGAGGAGAUCGUCAACGAAGCGGAGAACAUCCAGUCGAACGUGCAGUCGACGCAGGAGAUCGUCGAGCUCAUCCUGGAUUCGAACCGCAACGCACUUCUGGCACUGGAUCUCAAAGUUUCCAUCUUGACGAUGGGGAUCGGCAUAGGAACACUCGUCGUCGGCGUAUUCGGUAUGAACCUGAAAAGCCACAUCGAGGAACACGAAUACGCGUUCUACGUGAUGACUGCCGUCUCUUUCGCAGCAUUCAUCGGUGCUGCGUGGACCGGCGUACGCCGACUGUCAAAGAUCCGCAAGGUCGGCUUGUCGAACGGCAAUCGAAAACGACCGGACAAGCGCCGAUAUUCGCUGUUCUCCCUCCGGGGGCGGCGAUACGAGGGUUGGUAGUGGCGGCAAGCGGCACAGGGCGGUAGCUCUUCCCGGUGUGAUUCUCGUGUCCCACCCCUUCCUCGUGUCAAUCUUCGCCAUCUGUUGUGGCGCGACGUAACCCUACUCCCUCCCAUCCAUCUAUCCAUCAAGCUCAACCAUAUGAUAUCACGCACCACUCCUCGACACCAUUACAUCUUUUAAUGCUGACGCACACAUCACUGUAUAGGAUAGCAGCAUGUAUAAUGUAUACCUCACAAUUC